AUGGCUUUUGUCCCUCUCAAGUUCCCAAGUCUGCAUGUAACUUUGGUUUUGAGAUUUUAUGUAUAUAAAGGUUUGCCAAACCCUAAGCAAUCAUAUGGCUUUAACAGGAUAGAGAUCCUCGGUGCGCUUGUCUCCAUUCAAAUGAUUUGGGUUCUUGCUGGUAUCUUGGUUUACGAAGCCAUCGUUAGACUUCACAAGGGUGGUGCCCAAGUCGAGGGAUCUCUUAUGUUUCUUGUCUCUGCUCUUGGUUUACUUGUCAACAUCGCAAUGGCUGUUCUGUUGGGUCAUAGUCAUGGUCAUGUUCAUGAUCGUGAGCACCAUCACCACCACGAUGAUGAAUCAGAAACACACUUAUCUCAUGUUUUGAUUAAUAAUGAGCAAAAGAGGAAUGUGAAAACAUUCAAGCGGCGUAUCUUCACGUGCUGGGAGAUUCGAUACAGAGCAUAG